AUGCUCAAGCGUCAACUAUCGCGCGGCCUCGACGAAGCAGAAAAAGGUUUUGAACUUGCGGCAGUUGGAUGUAGACAGGCACUUCUAGAGGUAGAACUAGCGCAUUUGUACUGUUCAUCAAUUGCUGACAUCAAGAUUCUACGUAGGCUGACUCCACCGUGGCCGAAGCCUCACACCACUGCACCGCUGCAUCCCGCCUCGGACCGAUCAGAGUACAUGAGACUCUCGUACGCGCUAUCGUGGAACUCGCUUGAUGAGAUCGGUCGCAAACGAACCAUCUUCCAACCCCUCCUCUAUCUCCCGCAUGAAUCUGCCCCGACCGCGAUCUCACAGGCCGAAGCCCCGACAAAGAUGACACAACCUUCAGUAUCUGCACGCGCUCGGGGUGCCGCGAGAUACUUGGUCAUCCUCACGUAUCCAAGCAAGCUCGAGGCAUGGUCAGAGAGAAUCGAUAUCGUCCACGGCGCACUCACAGCGCAUAUGCCGAUCACGUUCAGUACACAAUAUGGGGUUCCUUAUGAGUACACUGACGCGGUGACAUUGGGCGGAUUGCGAUACGUGCGAAGAGCCAAAGAUGCAGUGCGUAGGGCUUUUGCGAAGAGCUUUCUAGACUUUCAAGACACGGGCAUGGAGUAA